GGGGCGGGGCCUCUGCGCGAGCGUGGCGGUAGUGCGCCUGCGCGAGAGGCCUGGCGCUCUAAGCUCCCUUCAGUCGGUCUCAGGGAGGGAAAGGAGACGGAGAUUCGGUCGCCGCUGAGAGAACGGAGGAGGGAAGCGCUCUCCUUUCCGUCCUGAGCGGCAACAUCUGCUUCUGAGACCCUGUGCUCUUCCAUCCCUGGAAGCACCUGAAUGCUGGCUGGCUUCUUUCCAAAGCCAUGGCAACAGAAGAGAAGAAACCUGAUGCAGAAUCGACCAAAGCACAAUCAACGCCGUCAUCUUCGACAAAUCAGAGCAAGCCUGCACCUGUAAAGCCAAACUACUCCCUGAAGUUCACAUUGGCAGGACAUACGAAAGCAGUCUCAUCAGUAAAAUUCAGCCCCAACGGGGAGUGGUUGGCUAGUUCAUCGGCUGACAAGCUUAUUAAAAUUUGGGGCGCAUAUGACGGCAAAUUUGAAAAAACAAUAUCUGGCCACAAACUGGGAAUCUCUGAUGUUGCUUGGUCGUCCGAUUCAAACCUCCUUGUCUCUGCAUCAGAUGACAAAACACUCAAAAUUUGGGAUGUGAGCUCGGGGAAAUGCUUAAAGACCCUGAAGGGACAUAGCAACUACGUCUUCUGUUGCAAUUUCAACCCCCAGUCGAACCUCAUUGUCUCAGGAUCGUUUGACGAAAGUGUGAGAAUAUGGGAUGUCAAAACGGGGAAGUGCCUGAAAACCCUGCCGGCUCAUUCUGACCCAGUUUCAGCUGUGCAUUUCAACCGUGAUGGCUCUCUGAUAGUGUCGAGCAGCUAUGAUGGCCUCUGUCGAAUCUGGGAUACAGCUUCAGGCCAGUGUUUGAAAACACUCAUUGAUGAUGACAAUCCACCUGUGUCUUUUGUGAAGUUCUCUCCAAAUGGCAAAUAUAUUCUAGCUGCAACGUUGGAUAACACUCUCAAACUUUGGGACUACAGUAAAGGAAAGUGCCUAAAGACAUACACGGGCCACAAGAAUGAGAAGUACUGCAUCUUUGCCAACUUCUCGGUUACUGGUGGAAAGUGGAUUGUGUCUGGUUCCGAGGACAACCUGGUUUACAUUUGGAACCUCCAAACAAAAGAGAUCGUACAGAAGCUGCAAGGGCAUACAGAUGUGGUGAUCUCUACCGCUUGCCACCCCACGGAAAACAUCAUUGCCUCCGCGGCCCUAGAAAACGACAAAACAAUUAAGCUUUGGAAGAGCGACUGUUAAGACGACGCUUUCGAUGCCAACAUCACUUUAGAGACUGUUGGGGGUGGGAUGGGGUGGGGCGCGUCUGGAAAAUUGGGGAGGGUUAUUUUGUGUUUCUGUUAUUUUGUUUUGUUUUUUAAGAAAAGAGAAAACCCACAUACGAGAGAACUCCCAUUGGCAGGAGGCCUGAAGCCACGUUCAAGAGGGUUGCCUGUCUGCCAGCCAGCCCUUGCCCAAGGAGAAUAUGCCUUUCCCCCCUGUGCCAGGUCAAUUGCAGGUUUUGUUUUCCGAGGACAUCCGUUGCUUCUGCUUGGGGCAUUCUGUCCUUUACAAUAAGCAAAUUGUAAAAUUAGAAACAAUCUGGAUGGUUUUUUAAAAAAAGAAACUUAUUUGCAGGAAGCCCUGGCACACUUUAGUGGUCAAAGAUGCCUCACAAUUUUUUAACGUGACCAAAUGGGUGUGUUUUCCGAUGCUUCCCUUCCCAGUUUCCUGAGCCCUGCCUCCCUUUCAUUGUGCACUUUGGUGUAUGCUAUGACAGUGGAAGUCUUUCAGGCUUUUCCUUCCUCUAGUACCUGUUCAGAAACCCCCAGGUCCUUGCUUGUGACUGUUCAUUUCUUCCUCUUCUCCUUUUUUUUUACUUUUACAAACUAUUCUGGCACAUUUCACAAUACCUGUACAGUUACUUCAGUGUAAAGAAACAAAAACAAAACUUUUUUUAAAACCUCCGAACCAUCCUUGUAUGGGGCUUGUGUUGCUAAUGGUCUGGCUGUACCUUUUGGGGCGUCAUGGUUCCGUUUUGAUUUCCCUUCCUCUUUGCAUUGGCGACAUUUCGCACAUCCAAACCCCAGUUACCAUAUGCAUUACAAUAAAAAGGUGGGAUUUUUAUGUGGA